CUAACUGUCACCAAUAGUAGUAGUGAAUGAAACUCGCCUCAAAAAGCCGGCUUGGAUUCGCCCGUGUAAACUCUUAGAAAGAGUUGAGAAAAGAGGUUACUGCUAACAUGGCGGGGCUGGUAGCUUUUAUUUCGGUCUUACUAUUUGGACUCUGUGCGGCUCAAAUCCAGUCCCCUAAUGUCGACACAUUACAUUGCUGUCCACAAUCCUGGACAAGAUUAGGAGCUCUAUUUCCGCUACCAAAGGACUGCGACGACAUCCGCCUGCAGGGAGGGGGAAUUAACGGUCCCUUUACCAUCUUUACCCAAGAUGUAAAUACUUGUGACCCUGUCCAAGUUUACUGUGAACAUGAGACCCAGGGUGGUGGUUGGACGGUAAUUCAGAGCCGCAAGUAUGGAAACGUCAACUUCUACCGAACUUGGGAAGAAUACAAGUUUGGGUUUGGAACACUACGAGGAGACUUCUGGCUAGGUCUUGAAAAUAUUUACAAGAUCACUCACCAAGGUCGCUAUGAACUCUGGGUAGAAAUGGAGGAUUUCAUGGGUGAACGUCGGGAGGCUUUUUACACUUUUUUCAGAGUUUCAAGUGAGGAGAGGAAUUACACAAUGAGUCUGGGGCGUUAUAUCGGUGGCAAUGCAGGUGAUGCAAUGUCAUUACACAGAGGCCAGCCUUUCUCGACCUUUGACCGUGACAACGAUGCAUGGACCGGGAAUUGCGCAGAGCAAUAUUCUGGAGCUUGGUGGUACCGAACAUGUCACCAUGCCAACCUUAAUGGUCUUUAUCUUAAAGGGCGUAACAAUCAGUAUGGCAAGGGUAUUAUCUGGGUUCAAUGGAGAGGUUUUAACUAUUCCCUCCGAUUUGCACAAAUGAAAAUACGACCAAUCUUCCUAAGAAACGGUUCCAAGCAAGCUACCAUGGCUACUAACAUGAUGGUCGCUGUUCUCCUCCUAUUUGCUCUGUUCAAUCUGGGAACGUGCCAUCAAAAUACAACGACACCAUAUUGGAGGACAUGGGAAUGCUGUCCGAGAGUAUGGGGACCUUUAGGUGCAAUGUUUCCACUACCACGUGACUGUGAAGACGUCCGGGACACUGGUGGUGGAGUAAAUGGUGUUUACACGAUCUAUCCAUGUUCUGUCAACGAGUGUAGGCCAACACGAGUGUAUUGUGAGCAACAACAGGAUGGAGGCGGAUGGACCGUAUUCCAAAGGCGCAUUGAUGGCGGCAUUAAGUUCUAUCGUGACUGGGAGGAAUAUCGCGAAGGAUUUGGAAUUGCAGGUGGAGAGCAUUGGCUAGGCCUUGAAAACCUCUACAAUAUAAUGAAACAAGAAAGGUACACUCUGAGGAUAGAACUGAUGAAUUGGGCCGGUACUCACGCCUAUGCAUUCUAUGAUGUCGUUUCAAUGGGCCCGGAAUCGACCAAUUAUACAUUGACGGUCGGACGUUACCAUGGUGAUGCAGGGGAUGCAUUUAGUACUCAUAGUGGCAUGCAAUUUUCAACAUAUGACCAUGACAAUGACCGUUGGACAGGAAAUUGUGCCCGGGACUACACAGGUGCAUGGUGGUAUACAAGUUGCCAUAAUAGCAACCUGAAUGGUCAAUACUUACGCGGGAGAACAACGCAGUACGCGAAAGGUAUCGUAUGGCAGCAGUUCAUGGGAUACAAUUACUCAUUGAAAGAAGCGUCCAUGAUGAUCAAGAAGAUUUAGUUAAUCCAUUUAUCGGGUGAUUAACAGAUUACAAAUUAUAAAGAAAAUAAUGAAGGGGAUAAAAUGUAAUUGUCAUAGGUAAAAAAACUAUCAAUUUAAGUGUUCAUUCUAAUAUAAAAGGAAAACAAAAUCACCCUUAACAGUACAUUAACGGACUAAUUAUAUUUUUAAUUGUUGAAGGAAAGUGCAAUGCAAUGCUUUUUUUCAGAUUGAAUUACUUGGAUAUUGGCCUAAAUAAGUUAAUUUAGCACUGGUGCUAUGCUAAUUAACUUAACUCGGUUAAAAACAAAUUGUUACAAGCUAAAGUAAUUUCAUCAGUUUUUAUCAUCAGGUAGCCUUUAAAAAAUGUUUUAAGCGCACUGAGAAUUUGGAAAUGUACUGCAUCAAGUCCCCUACAUUACAAUUUAUUGAAUUAGAUCCGAUCCAAACUGAAGGGGGCGCCCUAGAGGUAGUAAAAAACAUGUUACUGUAUUUUAGGGCUCGUUUAAACUGUUAUAAAAUAAAUAAAAGUGUUGAUAAUCUUUUCAUCGUA